AUGUCUCAGGAGUCUUCAGAUAAAAAAUUCUUGCGACAAUUCUCGCUAACAAGGUCAAUCAUAAGAAUUAUAUAUAUAUUUUUGCACCAAGAAGUCAGGACAGCGCGAGUCAGCGUUGAUCAAGGUCAGACAACGCCCUCGCAAUACGCAGCACGUCACAGCCUCGUACCGAAGCCAGACUUGUGCAUCAGCAUUGGACCAAGUUCAGACAGUGUCCCUCCAAUAAAUAGCUUGAGACCGUUGUACUUUUCGCACUCGCACUCGCAUUCGCACUCGCAUUCGCACUCGCACUCACAUUCGUACUCGCACUCAAACUCGCACUCGCUUGUUCGAAAUAUAGUUGUUGUGUUUCCUUCUAUGAGUCUUUUUUCCGGCAUUAGGCAAUGGAGUGGGUCAGCUACAGAUACUACAGAUUGCUUCCUUGUCCUUGAAGAAAAUAACGAGACGCAAUGCACUACUAAUAAGGUUGCUGAAAACUCUUCAACAGUUCGCGACCGGUUUCGCCCUACUUUGAGUUCACCAGAUAGGCGCAUUUCCCGAGUUUCCGUCAAUCCUAUGUUCUAA